AAUCGGACAUGAGUAAUGUAAAAUCUUUUGAUGUUGCUUGUUACAUAUUAAUUCUAUUCUCCACUGCUUUGUCUAAAAUCAAUGAUGAAACAGAUUUAGACAUAACUAUUCGGGUGUGAAAACUAAGUAUUUUAAAAUAGAACUGUCAUCAAAAUACCUCUCAGAUGAUGUACAUUACGACUUUAUCAGGAAUGUGUUGAAAGCAAAUAAAUAAGGUUGGUGAUAAUUCACGCAAAAUCGAGAAUUGUGAAUUAUCAGACAUCAAAUUCCCACAUAAUUGUAAAUCUACUUUUUUCGGAAACCUGGUUGUAGGAAAUUUUAUUUAAAAAUACUCAGUUUUCAGAAAGUUGUGAGGGAAACAAAUCGAAACUCUUCUACAGUCUUCCGAAAAGCUUUUUUCACAAUAGAUUCUGAUAUUAUAACACCAAUCUGCACCAUCUAAUAUAUCUCUGGAAAAUUUCCGUAUUCAGAAAAUUAUGAACACGCACAUAUGGUGGGGCACACAUCUGCAUUGGCACCAAAGAAUUCUAUACAUCGUCAAUGUCUAUCAUCUUUUGGAGACCGAAAGAAAAUGUCAGACAGGAAAGCCAUAACUCUCCUUAUGUAAGUCUAUGGCAACUUACAGGCAAAUAUAUUUUGUAAACUGAGAUUGAUAGCAAUAAUUCUUUUGUUGACUGUCUGGAAUAUGAACAAGAUGACUUUGCAUUUGAGUUAAAAAAGGACUUAACAACUUGUUCAAGAUAUUGACAAAAAUCAUAGUAAUAGAAAUAUUUAAUAGCAAUAAAAUAUAAAAAUGUAAAGAAGAUAAAUAUCUCUAUAUUGUUAUGAGAAAAGAUAAACAAUGGAAGUUGAAUGUUGUGUGAAUAAGUUUAAAUAUAAAACACAAAAGAAUUGAUUUGCCUAGUGACAUGAGUAAAGAGCAAGGGAAAACAUCACACCACUGUGAUGCUUGUGGGAAAUCAUUUUCUAACAGUCGUACAUUAAUAACACACAGAUACACUCAUACAGGAGAGAAACCAUAUAAUUGUGAUAUCUGUGGCAAAUCAUUCUCUCAUAAUCAUAACUUAACUAGACACAAGCGUAUUCAUACAGGAGAGAAACCAUAUUGCUGUGAUAUCUGCGGUAAAUCGUUUUCUGAAAAUCAUCACUUAACUGAACACAAACGAAGUCAUACAGGAGAGAAGCCAUAUCAUUGUGAUGUUUGUGGAAAAUCAUUCUCUGUAAGUCGUAAAUUAACAACACACAUACGUAUUCAUACGGGGGAGAAGCCAUAUCACUGUGAUAUCUGUGGUAGGUCAUUCUCUCAAAAUGGUGAAUUAACUUCACACAAACAUAGUCACACUGGAGAGAAACCAUAUCACUGUGAUGUUUGUGGUAAAUCAUUCUCUGAAAGUUGUAAGUUAACUAAACACAAACGUAUUCACACAGGAGAGAAACCAUAUCACUGUGAUAUCUGUGGUAAAUCAUUCACUGAAUCUCAUCACUUAACUGGACACAAGCAUAUUCAUACAGGAGAGAAACCAUAUUGUUGUGAUAUUUGUGGUAAAUCAUUCUCUGGAAGUAGUAACUUAACUAGUCACAAACAUGUUCAUACAGGAGAGAAACCAUAUCAAUGUGAUAUCUGUGGAAAAUCAUUCUCUCAGAGUGGAACCUUAACUAAUCACAAACGUAUUCACACAGGAGAGACUCCAUAUCAUUGUGAUAUCUGUAGCAACUCAUUCUCUAAGAGUCGUGAAUUAACUAUUCACAUGCGCGUUCACACAGGAGAGAAUCCAUAUCACUGUGAUAUCUGUGGUAAAUCAUUUUCCAGAAAUCAACACUUGACUGAACACAAACGUAUUCAUUCUGGAGAGAAACCAUAUUGCUGUAAUAUCUGUGGCAAAUCAUUCUUUCGAAGUGGUGAUUUAACUAUUCAUAUCCGUAUUCACACUGGAGAGAAGCCAUAUCAUUGUGAUAUUUGUGGUAAAUCGUUCUCUCAAGGUCAUCACCUAACUGAACACAAACGAAGUCAUACAGGAGAGAAACCAUAUCACUGUGGUACCUGUGGUAAAUCAUUCUCUGAAAGUGGUAAGUUAACUAGACACAAACGUAUUCACACAGGAUAAUAGCUAUAUCACUGUGAUAUCUGUGGUAAAUCAUUCUCGUUCAUACAGCAGAGAGUCCAUAUAUUUUUAGCAAAUCAUUCCCUCAAAGGAUUCACUUAACAAAAUAUGUACUACAGUAGGUGUAUCAGUGUGAACAUUUUGGUUCUCAAUAAAUGAAGAAUUUCUCUUGUAUGGUAUUUGAUUGUACUUUCUUUGCUUAUAUUAUUAUAAAGAUGAACUGAACUACUGCUUCCUCUACAUAUGGUUAUAUGUAUAUUGAGAGAAUAUAGAUACAUACACUGUGAAUUUUGACGAAAAAAAUCAAUUUGUUGUUGUCAUUAAAAUGUUUGAACAUC